UGACUGCUGAUCGUGGGCUCGAAACACGCGGAACUGUCUUCCAUCGAUGCCAGUAAUUUCUGUUUGGUGAAGAUUUAUAAAAAAAAAGUCAUGUCUGACUUCGAUAUGCCUUCCUCGAGUUCGCUUGGGGGCCUGGAUAGCUCCAAAAGAGCUCAAUUAAUGGAUCAAGUCAAAACCCAAAUCGCUCUAGCGAACGCACAAGAAUUACUUCAAAAAAUCUCGGAUAAAUGCUUUAAAAAGUGUAUCUUCAAACCUGGGGCUUCACUGGACAACUCAGAACAGAAGUGCAUAGCAUUGUGUAUGGACCGCUAUAUGGAUUCCUGGAAUACCGUCUCACGAGUUUACACUGCAAGGCUACAAAAGGAACACAGUAAUAUGUCGGGGGGUUAUUGAUAAAUGUAAAUUAUCCCAUUGGAGUACAACACUAUAGGUCAAAAUCUGGAAAUUUGUACUAUAUUGUAGUAUAAUUUUGAUUUUAUUUGUAUACAUUUUUAUACCUUAAGCUUUCUAUGUUGCAUAGAAACUAUGUAUGAAUAGAUAAUUUAACAAAUACAGGGCUAUAAACUUGCGAAUUUUAUACUGAUAUUGUUAUUUUGAAUCUCAGAAGAUUUGUUUUAAGGGGCAGACCAUAAGCAUUUUGAUAGGGGAGAAGGCAGGGUUAACAUAAAAAAAUAAUGAGCAGACCU